UGCUGUCAUGCAGCCGACAUACGGCAGCAGCAGCAGCAGCGGCAGCAUCGGCUGCAACAACACUAACAACGGCGGCGGCAACAUUUGCAAUCAGCAGAUCAACAACAACUACAGCCAUAACAACAGCGACAAUCAUAUGAGCUCAGGCAGUUUUUUCGGCGGCGGCGGCACCAGCAGCAGCAACAGCAAUAGCAACAACACAAACAGCAGCAGCAGCAGCAGCAACAACGGUAACAGCCACAGCAACUCCGAUUAUAUGGCCACACCAACUAGCGCAUAUGUGACACCGGCGACAGCGGGAACAUCCGCGGUGAACACCACAACGAUGCUGUCUAAUUACUGCGAUGCCGCCACCAUGAUGAUGGCCGCCGCUGCAGUCAAUGCAAAUCAGUGCCUGCAACAGCACCACCAGCGCAUGUUGCUGGCGAGCAACAGCGGCGUCAGCAGCGGCGAUCAUCACCUGGGCACGGCGGCCAUCCCCUCCUCGUCUUCGGCCGGAUCGCUGUCAUCUGCCUCAUCGACGCCAACGGCCACGGCAACUGCAACAGCAGCCGUGGCGCCGCAGCAACAUCAGCAGCAGCAGCAGCAACAGCAGCAAUCGCCGCCAAAUUUAAUCGAUAUCAGCGAAGUUCCUCUCAUUGUGGAUGUCAAGUAGUGUAAUUAUUUAUGCAUCUAGAAAUGGGGCUAAAGCGCAACCUUGUAGAUACCCCGCCACCUCCAAAAACCGCCCCUCAACCCACUAAUCCCAAAAAAAAAAAAAAAUUCAAUCAAAAAAUGUAAAAAAAAAAGAAAAAGGAAGAGCAGCCGCGUAGCUUAAUUGUGUAAUUUUCCCAUACUUGUUUCUCUUGUAAUUUUGUACAUAGUUCCCUUGAAAACAAAAACCUGAAUUUUUUCUCUAGGCCGCCACAGCUGCCAAAUCUCAGCUGACAUAUACCAGAGAACUUUAAAAGUUAAACCCAAAAAAUGGCGGCACACAAUGUCUUUAUAUAUAAAUGUGUAUAAUAUUUAAAUGGCACUGAGUUCUACUUAAUUUUCGAAAAGCUGAACAAGUUAAGGAUGGAAGUCGAAAGAAGAAUGAGACAUCUCCGUAAUCCUCUCAAAAGACAAAACAUAAAGUUAGUUGAAAUAUUUAUAUAUGUAAAGUAGCAUAUAUACGAAUAUACAUAUAUGAAUAUAUAGAUGAAACUCUACUCCCAGUGGUUUGCAGAAAUAUACCAAAAAUUUUAAGCUAUGUUUACUUGAUGUGUGGCAAUUUUUUAUGUGUGCUUUAGCAAUUUUAUUUUUACUUUAAGUAAAAUUUAAAAUUCAAUUCAAUUCUCGACUAGUUUUCCCCUCUCGCGUGCAUCUCAAAGACGCCGCCAAGGGGGCAUCCUGUAUCGUUUGAAUAUGAAUACAAAAUUUAGCGAAUUUUUUAUUUAGCAAUCAAAACGAGUAAAACACAAAAGUUCAGUGCAAGUUUCAGUUCUUAAACGAUUUUUUCUUAAGCCUAAGCAUUAUCUUAUUUAUGUGUAUAGAGUAUGAACGUUUUCUAUAUUUUGUAAUAAUAAAAAUUUGCGUUUAUAAUGAAA